AUACAUAUCAAAGCUCUGCUCUUGUGCUUUGGUCGUUAAGUAAUCACAGAUCUCCUCAGUGGAAAUAUCAAGUUUUUAAAUUGAGGAUCGAUAAGUAUUUGUAUUUGCAUAUGUGGUUCUGAACAUAGGAAGCGAAGCGAGCUACGCAUGUACCCAUCGAGCUAGAAAGUCCAAAAACUCUCAAACCCCGUUUUCAGCAUCUAGCUCAACUACGUACGUAGUUUCUGUUUCUCUAUCUCCCCGGCCUUCAAUCUGUCUGGGCCGCUAGCAAGAAAGUAGGUUGUGAAGAGCCAUUUUAUAUCGUCAAAUCGCCGCGUUUUUCGUUGUUAAAAGGUUUCAAUAAUGCAAACUCUCAUCUCCAUGCCUGCCUGCCAACAAGUAGUUCAGAUACAGCCGAUGACAAGAUUCCAAGGGCCGCCAGCCGGACUAUCCAUGGAUCGAUUUUUCGGUCGGAACAAGGAUAAGGUUGUGGUAGUAAUGGGAGCCACUGGAACCGGUAAGUCCAGGCUCGCUAUCGACCUUGCGUUAAAAUAUUCCGCCGAGAUCAUAAACUCAGAUAAAAUGCAAGUCUAUAAAGGCUUGGACACCCUCACCAACAAGGUCACUGAGGAGUGCAAAGGCGUACCACAUCACUUGUUGGGCACAGUGGAUCCUGAGUCUAACUUCACAGCUGAUGAUUUCAAGCAUCAUGCUUCUUUGGCCAUUGAAUCGAUCCUGGAGCGUGAUCGGUUACCGAUUAUUGCCGGUGGGUCAAACUCGUACAUAGAGGCACUGGUGGACGAGCACGCCGAGUUCCGGAGGAGAUACGAGUGCUGCUUUCUAUGGGUUGACGUGGCCCCGCGAGUGCUGAACUCGUUUGUGUCGGAGCGAGUUGAUAGGAUGGUGGAGGUGGGUGGUCUGGUGGACGAGGUGAGAAGAAUGUUCGACCCAACUGCCAACGAGGAAGACUACAGCACCGGGAUUAGGAAAGCCAUCGGUGUACCAGAGAUGCAUCAUUACUUGCGCGGCGAAGCGAUUGGCAACGAUGAAAAAACCCAAGAGGCGCUUCUGUUGGAAGCCAUUUCCAACAUCAAGAAGAAUACUUGCACGUUGGCUCAUCGCCAAUUGCAAAAGAUUCACCGGCUGCGGCGCAAGUGGAACUGGAGUAUGCACUGCCUCAACGCCACCGAUGCUUUCUUGCACCGCCGCCGCGGCCGGGAGGGAGACCGAGUGUGGGACAACCAAGUCUCAAGACCCGCAACAGGAAUUGUCAGUAAGUUCCUUGUAAACCCAUCGUCAACCAUUCUUCCUCAUGACACCGCCUUUGUUACUGGAGCAGCUACGGCCGCCACAACCACCAGCUUAAGUUCUCUGGCGGUGUCCAUGCCGGCCGUGGCAACUGCAACACGGUAGAAGUCGGCGGAAAUUGGCGGUGUAUGUAGCUGCGCCGCCUUCUAUCAUCUGCUAGAUUAUAACUCAAUGGUAAAACAAAACAUGUCUCCAUCAAAAAAGAAUGUAACUUUCUCGUUGGAGUUUCUGAUGAGAAAAAUGAAGGGAGAAGUUGCUAUCAGACGGUUAAGUAAAAGCAGGUAGUUUUUUACUCCCGUAGAGGCCGUACAGUUUGGAAGCAUUUUAGAUAUCCGUGCAGGGUGGGGCAGAGAUCUACUGACCGUUUCAGUUAAAAAAGGAAUGAUUGAGGGCUUCGUGGAUUUCCGUACCCACCUGCUAUGCAGUGCGCGCCUGCAUCAGAUCAAUCAUCAUCAAUCAUUAGUUGAUUCGAAUAAAGUCGGCUGUGGUAGGCUUGGGGAUCCACAGUUUGUACUACGUGCUUUGUGACAUUUAGGGUUUAGGGUGAGGGGACUUUCUUACCUUCUUUGUAACUAGAAGUGUAGAACAAGGGUGUUGAUCAACUUUUGAGUUUUCCUUAACAUUGUGUAUUGCUAAUUU